AUCAAAACGCAUGCAACUCAAUAUGAAGGACAGUACCGAUUCAACAGACGGCGAGAAAAAUGGUACGACUACAAAGAGGAAAGCCGUUGAAGAACCAGAACCAACCCAAGUGACAAAGAGGACCAGACCCUCUGAUGAUGGGUCGCCAGAGCCAGUUGCUCCACCGGCAGCCGAAGUUUGGAGGAUUCCUUUCCCAGAAAAGCCUGCAGUAUUGGAAGAAAGAAAUCGAGAAAUCGAAUUUCGAGUUGUCAACAACGAUGGCGCACACCACAGUUCCAUCAUCUUGGCAGGCCUCAAAUGCCUCUUUCAGAAACAGCUUCCAAAUAUGCCAAAGGACUACAUUGCACGUCUAGUCUAUGACCGCACCCAUCUAUCCAUUGCAAUUGUCAAAAUGCCUUUGGAAGUCAUUGGAGGCAUUACUAUACGAGAGUUUCGAGCACGAGCCUUUGCCGAAAUAGUCUUUUGUGCCGUGUCCUCUGAUCAGCAAGUAAAGGGAUACGGAGCACAUAUAAUGGCACAUCUAAAGGACUAUGUCCGAGCCACAUCACCCGUGAUGCACUUUUUGACAUAUGCCGAUAAUUACGCCACUGGCUAUUUCCAAAAGCAGGGUUUCACAAAGGAAAUCAGUCUGGACAAAUCCAUUUGGAUGGGCUAUAUUAAAGAUUAUGAAGGGGGGACGUUGAUGCAAUGCUCAAUGCUCCCUCGGAUUCGGUAUCUCGAGGUCGGCCGGAUGCUUCUGAAACAGAAAGAAACGGUAAUGGCAAAGAUUCAACUGUUGAGCAAGAGUCAUUUGGUUCAUCAACCACCUGAACAAUGGGCCAGCACCGGCAAUGUUAGCCCAAUCGACCCGCUGUCUGUUCCAGCCAUCAGGGCGACAGGCUGGUCUCCAGAUAUGGAUGAGCUGUCUCGAGAACCACGCCACGGACCUCACUUCAACGAACUCCGGAGGUUCUUGUACCAGCUGCAGAACCACCAACAGGCCUGGCCAUUUCUCAAACCGGUCAACAAAGACGAGAUUCCCGACUAUUACAAGGUUAUCACGUCCCCGAUGGAUCUAUCGACUAUCGAGGAACGCUUGGAGCAGGACAUGUACUCUACCCCAAAAGAGCUCGUGGAGGAUGUAAAACUGAUUGUCAGCAAUUGUCGUCAGUAUAACAACCCCACGACAAUUUACCACAAGUGUGCAAACAAGUUGGAAAAGUAUAUGUGGACUCUGAUCAAGGAGGUCCCUGAGUGGUAUAGUCUGCUAGAAGAGUAAUUUGUAAGUCAGGCGUCAAUUGCCUGCAGGUAGGUAGGUUGGUAGGUAGGUUGGGAAAGUGAUUUAUGAGGCCUAUUAUGGUCCCGGCCUAUUUUCCUAUCAAAACCACGUGGACCUUGUUUACUGUCACGUUUAUACUUGGCACUUUUGCUGGAAUCUUCUAGGGUAUGCCUUGGCGUGGUUUUUUUUUCCCCUAUACUUCGUUUACGUGCUUCCUAGUUAGUCACUGGAACUUACUUAGGCUCACCGACAUCGGCACUCGGGUAUUAGGCUCUUGAGCACGCCCUUCGUGUCAAACGAUUUAUGGGACCCUACAAAUUAGGUAAAAUGCGGAUUUUACAGUCAUCAAGGGUCUUAUUUGUUUUCCUAUUUUGGUAAUCUAUUCAUUUUACCUACGAAUCUAUAUAUUCU